UGUAGUUUCCACACAGGACUCGCGCCUGUAGCGUCUACAUGACCGAGCGACACAUUGCAAAGGGAGAUGUCCGACGUGCAGGAUGCGCUGCUGCUGGGGAAGGAAGGGGUCAAGAAAACCGUCCUGCACGGAGGCAGCGGAGGAAUCCCAAGGUUCACCUCCGGAGCGAAGGUGACGUUUCACUUCCGCACCCAGCUGUGCGACGACGAGCGCACGGUGAUCGACGACAGCAAGGCGGUGGGGACGCCCAUGGAAAUAGUGAUGGGCAACAUGUUCAAGCUGGACGUGUGGGAGACGCUGCUGUCCUCCAUGAGGGUCGGCGAGGUGGCCGAGUUCUGGUGUGACGUCAUACACACAGGAGUGUACCCCCUGGUGGCCAAAAGCAUGAGGCGCAUCUCUGAAGGCAAAGACCCUCUGGACUGGCACAUCCACACCUGUGGCCUGGCCAACAUGUUCGCCUACCACAGUCUCGGCUACGACGACCUGGACGAGCUGAUGAAGGAGCCCAAGCCUCUCUACUUUGUCCUGGAACUGCUGAGGGUGGAGCAGCCCGGCGAGUACCACAGAGAAUCAUGGGCUCUGAGUGACGAGGAGCGACUGAAGGUGGUGCCGGUGCUGCACGGUCAGGGGAACAAGCUGUACAAGCAGCAGCGCUACCAAGAGGCCACGCACAAGUACAAGGAGGCCAUCGUGUGCAUCAAGAACGUGCAAGUGAAGGAGAAAGCUUGGGAGGCCCCGUGGCUCAAGCUGGAGAAAAUGGCCAACACUCUCACGCUGAAUUACUGCCAGUGUCUGCUGCGCAUGGAGGAGUAUUACGAGGUCAUCGAACACACCACGGAUAUCGUCAACCAGCACCCAGGCGCAGUGAAAGCCUUCUACCUGCGGGGAAAGGCCCACGUGGAGGUGUGGAAUGAAGCCGAGGCCCGGCAGGACUUCAGCAGGGUUCUGGAUCUGGACCCUGGCAUGAAGAAGGCUGUGAGGAGAGAGCUGGUGGUGCUGAACAUGCGCAUGGAGGAGAAGAACCAGGAGGACAAGAUCAAGUACAAGGGAAUGUUCUGACGCUCAGACUCGCUGCGGGACUCACACUGGUCAAAUAAAGAAAUGGGUCAUCACAAUAGCCAUAUGAGCAGCAAUAUUCCUGUUUCACAUGU